GAUAGAUGCGCACACUUUGUCUCACAGCAGGACCUGCACCAUGAGCUGUAACCAGAACUACCCAUUCCCACAGGUGUUCCUUGUGGAUGAAGGCGGAGGUUCGCAGCAGGGUAUGCAGCCACCGGGUCUCAUACCCUGCUGGUCCUUCCCCCCUGCCGUUGAGAGGGUGAGGAGCCGUGGGAAGAGCCAGGGCUGCAUGGGAGUCAGGCCCUGUGCAGCCCUGAUCGUGCUGAUGCUGUUCCUGCUGGUGUUUGCCGCCCUGGGGUUUGAAGCCUACCAGAUCUACAACAUGCAGAAAGAACUGAGUGAGAUGAGAGAGGUGAAACCUGAGACUGAGUUUAAUGCGGCUCAGAAGCAAAUCGGCUUCUACGAACCUGAGUUGAACGGAGAGGACAAAAACGACAGAACUGCAGCACACCUGAUGGGGCGUAUUGAAACAGAAAAAUUCUCCAAGACUUUGCGAUGGGAGUCACAGGCAGGUCGGGCGUUCACAUCCGGAGGAGUGGUGUACCAGUUCAAAGAUGGUGCUCUGCAAGUCAACCACACCGGACUCUACCACAUUUACUCCCGGGUGGAGUUGACCUUCAAGGACUGUUCCCCUUCGUCCUCGUUUGUCCACACGGUGUUUGUGAAGAGAGCGGGACGCCCCUCGCCUCUGAACCUGAUGGAGGCCCACAGAGCAGGUUUCUGCUCUCAUCAGCCGGGACGCCCCUGGACCACAGACAGUUACCUCGGCUCCGCCCUGCAGCUGCAGGAAUACGACAGGGUUUUCGUCAAUGUGUCGCACCCCACUUAUCUUAGUCAUGCUCAUUAUGCCAACUUCUUCGGUCUCUACAAGAUCUGAAGAGUUACAAGUGAUUGGAUUUCUCUUGUGUAUAUUAGUUGUCCCUAAAAUGUCUCAGGCAGGAGUGAAUCUUAUUCAUGCUGAGGGUGAUAAUAACUGCACUGAACAGCAUAAUAUGAAAUGGUCUGUAAUGUUAAAGCCCAGAGAAAAUAUUACACAUGCUCUUUGUUGCCAGCUUUAAAAUUGGUGGUGAAAUGAAUUGAAGCAAUAAACAAACAGUGUGCCUUCUAUAAAAGCUGGGAGAGUCAGUUAACACUAAUGCACUGAUACAGUUGUAGCCUCUUUUAAAUAUUUAUUCUAGUGUGGAUCUCACACCUAUGACGUCUAAAAUGUGUGCUUAUGAAAGUGAAAAUGCGUCACCUGAUGGUUGUUUCGAAGUAAAUAAAGAGAUUUA